UCCUCCACUUGGUCUCCCUCCCUGUCCGCGGAGAAGCAGGCCCCUCCCUUCCAGCGAGGCCCAGGCUUGUCCUGAGUGCUGGACCCUUGUCGUGGUGUCCCUCCCUGCAUCUUGGUCUCUUCGGCCUCAUACACAGGCUCCACAAAAUCCCCUCCCUUUCCAUAGAGCCUGGGCCCUGCCCCCUGCGGGACAGCGUGUUUGGAUUCCUGGCUUGUUUCUGCGAGAUAGAAGAUUCCCAGCCAGGAAGCCGUGAUGUGCGUGAGGAUGGCUCUUGCUCACCAGAGCCUCACAAAGAUAAUCGCUCAGGAAGUGUUUCAGCCAAUCCCGGGCGGCCUUACACUCUGCUUCGCCGGGGCAGCCAAUUGGGGAUGAGCUUUUAUUAGGCGGCCAGAUCAUCAAGCCGAAGUGCCAAACCCUUUUUCUGUGAGAACUAGGAGCCUGUCCUCCAUGUUUUAUAAGUAUUGACAUUACACAGUGUUAACAAUGCAUCCACAGAGCUUGGCCGAAGAGGAAAUAAAAACAGAACAGGAGGUGGUAGAGGGCAUGGAUAUCUCUACUCGCUCCAAAGAUCCUGGCUCCACAGAGAGAACAGCCCAGAAAAGAAAGUUCCCCAGCCCUCCGCACUCCUCCAAUGGCCACUCGCCACAGGACACAUCAACAAGUCCCAUUAAAAAGAAGAAGAAACCCGGCUUACUGAACAAUAACAAUAAGGAGCAGUCAGAACUAAGACAUGGUCCGUUUUACUAUAUGAAGCAGCCACUCACCACAGACCCUGUUGAUGUUGUACCACAGGAUGGACGGAAUGAUUUCUACUGCUGGGUUUGUCACCGGGAAGGCCAGGUCCUUUGCUGUGAGCUCUGUCCCCGGGUUUAUCACGCUAAGUGUCUGAGACUGACAUCGGAACCAGAGGGGGACUGGUUUUGUCCUGAAUGUGAGAAGAUUACUGUAGCAGAAUGCAUCGAGACGCAGAGUAAAGCCAUGACCAUGCUCACCAUUGAACAGCUCUCCUACCUGCUCAAAUUUGCCAUUCAGAAAAUGAAACAGCCAGGGACAGAUGCAUUCCAGAAGCCUGUUCCGUUAGAACAGCAUCCUGACUAUGCAGAAUACAUCUUCCAUCCUAUGGAUCUCUGUACAUUGGAAAAGAACGCUAAAAAGAAAAUGUAUGGGUGCACGGAAGCCUUCCUGGCCGACGCAAAGUGGAUUUUGCACAACUGCAUCAUUUAUAACGGAGGAAAUCACAAAUUGACACAGAUAGCGAAAGUAGUCAUCAAAAUCUGUGAGCAUGAGAUGAAUGAAAUCGAAGUAUGUCCAGAGUGUUACCUAGCUGCUUGCCAAAAACGAGAUAACUGGUUUUGUGAGCCUUGUAGCAAUCCACAUCCUUUGGUCUGGGCAAAACUGAAGGGGUUUCCAUUCUGGCCUGCAAAAGCUCUGAGGGAUAAAGACGGGCAGGUUGAUGCUCGUUUCUUUGGACAACAUGACAGGGCCUGGGUUCCAAUAAAUAAUUGCUACCUCAUGUCUAAAGAAAUUCCUUUUUCUGUGAAAAAGACGAAAAGCAUCUUCAACAGUGCAAUGCAAGAGAUGGAGGUGUACGUGGAGAACAUCCGCCGGAAGUUCGGGGUUUUUAACUACUCGCCCUUCCGGACGCCCUACACCCCCAACAGCCAGUACCAAAUGCUGCUCGAUCCCAGCAAUCCCGGCGCCGGCGCCGCCAAGAUCGACAAGCAGGAGAAGGUCAAGCUCAACUUCGACAUGACGGCGUCCCCCAAGAUCCUGAUGAGCAAGCCCAUGCUGAGCGGCGGCGCGGGCCGCCGGAUCUCCUUGUCCGACAUGCCGCGCUCCCCCAUGAGCACAAACUCUUCCGUGCACACGGGCUCCGACGUGGAGCAGGACGCCGAGAAGAAGGCCACGUCGAGCCACCUCAGCGCCAGCGAGGAGUCCAUGGACUUCCUGGACAAGAGCACAGCUUCACCAGCCUCUGCCAAGACGGGACAAGCAGGGAGUGUGUCCGGAAGCCCGAAAACGUUCUCUCCUCAAGCGUCAACGCCCAUCGCGACGAAAACGGACAAAACCUCCACCACCGGCAGCAUCCUGAAUCUUAACUUGGAUCGGAGCAAGGCCGAGAUGGACCUGAAGGAGCUGAGCGAGUCGGUCCAGCAGCAGGCGGCGCCCGUGCCACUCCUCUCGCCCAAGCGCCAGAUCCGCAGCCGAUUCCAGCUAAAUCUCGACAAGACCAUCGAGAGCUGCAAAGCCCAGUUAGGCAUCAAUGAAAUCUCGGAAGAUGUUUACACGGCCGUAGAGCACAGCGAUUCGGAGGAUUCAGAGAAGUCCGAUAGUAGUGAUAGUGAGUAUAUCAGUGAUGAUGAGCAGAAGCCCAAGAAUGAGCCAGAAGACACAGAAGACAAAGAGGGUGGUCGGCUGGAGAAAGAGCCAGCGGCUGUCAAAAAAAAGCCCAAGCUGGCAAACCCAGGGGAGACGAAGGAGGAGCUGAAGGGCUCGUCGCCGGCCAGCGAGAAAGCAGACCUGAGCGCGGUCAAGGAAAAGGCCAGCCCCCAGCCCGAGAAGGACUUUCCAGAAAAAGCAAAAGCCUCCCCUCACCCUGCCAAGGACAAACCGAAGGGAAAAGAUGAGACGGAUUCCCCAACAGUGCACUUGGGCCUGGACUCUGAUUCAGAGAGUGAACUUGUCAUAGAUUUAGGAGAAGACCAUACUGGGCGGGAGGGUCGAAAAAAUAAGAAGGAACCUAAAGAAACGUCCCCCAAGCAGGAUGUUGUAGGUAAAGCUCCACCAUCCACGACGGCGGGCAGCCAGUCCCCACCCGAGACUCCGCUCCUCACUCGCUCCUCCGCCCAAACUCCCACGGCCAGUGUCACGGCCACCACCAGUACCACGGCCACCGUCACGGCCCCGGCCGCCCCCGCCGCCCCCACCGCCGCCGCCACGGGAAGCCCAGUGAAAAAGCAGAGGCCGCUCUUACCGAAGGAGACUGCCCCGGCCGUGCAGCGGGUCGUGUGGAACUCGUCAAGUAAGUUUCAAACGUCUUCCCAAAAGUGGCACAUGCAGAAGAUACAGCGUCAGCAGCAGAGCCAGCCGCAGAGCGAGCCGCAGCCACAGUGCUCCCAGGGGACGAGAUAUCAGACCAGACAGGCCGUGAAAGCCGUGCAACAGAAGGAGAUCACGCAGAGCCCCUCGACCUCCACCAUCACCCUGGUGACCAGCACUCAGUCGUCACCUCUGGUCACCAGCUCGGGGGCCACGAGCACCCUCGCGUCCUCAGUCAGCGCAGACCUGCCCAUCGCCACGGCUUCUGCUGAUGUCGCUGCCGACAUUGCCAAGUACACUAGCAAAAUGAUGGAUGCAAUAAAAGGAACCAUGACAGAAAUCUACAACGAUCUUUCUAAAAACACUACCGGGAGCACAAUAGCCGAGAUCCGCAGGCUGAGGAUCGAGAUAGAGAAGCUGCAGUGGCUGCACCAGCAAGAGCUCUCAGAGAUGAAGCACAAUUUGGAGCUGACCAUGGCGGAGAUGCGGCAGAGCCUGGAGCAGGAGCGGGACCGGCUCAUCGCCGAGGUGAAGAAGCAGCUGGAGCUGGAGAAGCAGCAGGCGGUGGACGAGACCAAGAAGAAGCAGUGGUGUGCCCACUGCAAGAAGGAAGCCAUCUUCUACUGCUGCUGGAACACCAGCUACUGCGACUACCCGUGCCAGCAGGCGCACUGGCCCGAGCACAUGAAGUCCUGCACGCAGUCAGCUACUGCUCCGCAGCAGGAAGCAGACGCCGAGGUGAGCACAGAAACACUCAACAAGUCGUCCCAGGGCUCCUCUUCCGGCACCCAGGCUGCCCCCACGGAAACCGCCAGCACCUCGAAAGACAAGGAGCCGCCCGCCGAGAAGGGCAAGGACAGUGGCUCGACCACCCCCGCGGCAGCAAGUCUAGUUGCUGGGGCAGCGGCGACGAGAAGCGCGGAUCCGCCCGUGCCGAGCACGGAGCAGGCGCCAGUUCGAAGAGUCUCCUCCCGAAAGAGUCUCGGCUGGACACCUUCUGGGACUAGGGACAAGGCACGACACAAGCCACCCACCCCAUGGAGGAAGAAGAAACCAGACACCAGGGCCACGGGAAACAGCAAGGAGCCCUGAGCCGGGAGAGCCCCCUGCCAACUCGGGCAUUCCAGACGCCCGGACUUGGCCUUGGCCCUGGCCCUGGCAGUGAGGGCGGCCGACACUACACAGCGUCCGGCGUUAGCUAGCGUUGACCCAGGACUGCUUGACCCACAGGAAACCUAUGCUUUAGAUGUAAAUAAUGUACAAUUUGUGGAUGUCACUGAACCCAGAAUACCUUCCCCUUUUUAUAUUUGUAUUGACUUUAACUUAUAAAAAAAAAAAAAAAAAGAAAAAGAAAAACAAUUAGGAAAAAAAAAACACCCAACAAGAAAAAGAAUGUUUAGACGGAGGAGGAGGAGGAGGAGGGAUGUUUGGUCAGCCCGUCUGUCCCCGCGGCCCGGAGACCAGGCCUCGUCCUCGGAUGCUGCGGGGGGGAAAGAGAGCCGUUUUCACCCAUUUGUCUGUAAGCAGCCCCUUGGAAUCCGGAGAUUCCGGCCCAGAAUCUGUGCGCUUAUGGGCGCAUCACGUCAAGCCAUCGGCCCCUUUCCAGUACAACAUUCCCGUGUUCCAAAAUGCCAAGCUCUCCAGCCCAGAAGGACACGGGGAAGCUGGUGUACUUGGUGUGAUUUCGGCGAUGACUACUGAAAAGGGAAGAACCCGGCCCUUGUUUAAGGAAGCUGCAGGUCCCCGCCCCGGCGCACAAGGGAACCGAGAAAGCCGGAGGCGUCCUGAGCUCGGGAACAAAGAGAAAUCUUGGCCUGGCUCUGCGGUUCCUUUUCCCCGCGCACUCACAGGUGCCCGGCUAGACGCCGCGCUGCUGAGGCGGGCCCCGCGCAGAGGACGGGGAGUCUGGGACGAAGCAUGUAUGUAUUAUUUAUACUGGGAUUUCACGUUUUUCUGUAAAAGCAUGAAGCCAAGGCAGGGGGAGAGGACGCCAGCCGCCGGCCGUGCUCCCCGUCACACUACGUAUGCGGUAGUACCAUUUUGUAUGUUGUGUUGAACAAAACGCAUCGAACAAAGCAACAGGCGAUGUAUGUAUAUGAGAAAAUUAAUUGUACGAUAUCAUUCCAGCACAUUCUGUUGUAUAUUUUAGUCCCGUUUACUUUCUCUUCAUUGUUGAUAAGAGGAUGUGAAUUGUACAGUUUCCAGCUAGUUCCCCAUAUUAGAGACGAACUAAAAAGAGAGUAUAGAAGAAAAAGAGAAAGAGCAUUUGUGAAUUGCAGGUGUCAAAAAAAAUAGCCUAGCUGGCCUUAUUUGUGAAGCCUAAUUGCUUUUAGCAUAUGGAAGUAUUUUUUCACAUUUUCUUUGUAUAAAAUUUGUAUUAAACUUAAAUAUCUUUUUCGA